AUGCCGAUACGCGAAAUCAAGAGUCGUGCUGAAUAUAAGCAAAUUAUCAACUCGAAAGCGAAGGUUGCCGUUGACUUUGGGGCUCCUGCAUGGUCUUCUAUCUGCAGAUAUAUGUACGCGAAAUUCAAAAAGUAUUCUGAAGAGUACCCUGGCAUUACUUUUCUGCACGUCGAUACCGAUGAUCAUCCGGAUUUUGCUACAUCCGAGGGAGUUACAGCGAUUCCUACUUUUUACUUCUUCCACAAUGGUCAGAAGAUUGAUUACUAUGUUGGUCCCAACGAAUACGCAGUUAAAAGAAACCUUGACAAAUUGGACGCCUGCUAA